GUGAUGUCUGUGCUGUUUGCAGCAAGCUCCCAGACCCUGUGGUGACCUGGCCAACCACUGACUGACUAAAAGUGAGUCUUCUUUUGCCCAGUGCCAUCCAGCAAAAUGUCUGGAAAGGCAGGAACUGGAGAAUGGUUUUAGAUACCAUGUCUGCUCCGAGUGUCAACCCUGUCCCAUCUGCACCACCUUCUUAUGAGGAAACUGUAGGAAUCAAUAUGAACUACCCUCACCCUUAUCCUGUUCCUGACCCUGGAGUGAAGCCAGAUGUGAAGGGAAUGAACCCUCCCCCAUACAUGGGACAGCAUGCACCAGCAAAUAACCCCAUUAGAGUUCAGACGGUGUAUGUGCAGCAACCAGUGGUGUUCUAUGACCGUCCUGUUCAGAUGUGCUGCCCCUCCUGCAACCAGAUGAUAGUGACACGUCUCUCCUACGAGGCAGGAGCUCUGACCUGGCUGUCCUGUGGUGGCCUCUGCCUGCUGGGGUGUAUAGGAGGCUGCUGCUUGUUUCCAUUCUGCAUUAAUGCUCUCAAGGACGUGGAUCACACCUGUCCGAACUGCAAUACUCUUCUUGGUGCUUACAAACGUUUCUAGGCAGUGUUAAAACAUUGAUUGAUGAAGUUGGUUAGCACCUCUGCAAGCCCUCUCUGAAGCUUCAUAUGGAGACUGCUCGUUUCUGUGCAUCUUGUCACUGGAAACCAAUAAAAAGUAAUGUUUCUUACUAGGUUGUUUGAAAACAAGUUUGCCUGAGGGGAUUUUCACUUAGGUCUGUAAAAAGUCUACAUAAUCUGUAUGGGCCAGUCAGUCCAGCAGCAGCUGAGAGCAAGGGAACAUUUCCCUUUUUGCUUUAUGCAAAACAGGUUGGUGAUGCUCUGCAGGUAAUCUUAUCUCAGUCAUGUUGCACGUUGUUCUUGCUGCAGUCUCAGCACAGACCAAGAGGAGGAUGCCUAUGGAGAACUCUUUAGGCUCAUGCUUGGUGUCAAUGCUUUGGCAACAGCACUGUUUACACACUGGCAGGGAGUUGCCUCAGAGACAGGUGCCCUUCUUUGACAAAAGAAAUUAUUUGCUGGCAUCUUUUCAUGAGCACUAGAAUUCACUUUAAAACUUGGAAGAGAACCAAACCUAAAGGCUUCUUCCUUCUUGGAGGUUGCUUUACCAAAUGGACAACUCAGGUUAUUGUGCAUCAGUGGUGAUUGAAUCCAGUAUCUGAAUUUUCUUACCAAUUUAAAGUCUCUAAUCUGCAGUAAAGGUGUUCACACAGGAAUUUUUAAGAGAUACUUGUCCAAUGUUUGGCUGGAGUUUUUUUUUACCAUCGACUGCAAGUCUGUGAAGUGUUCUCUUCAUCCGAGAGAGCCUUGGUUAUAGCAUUGGAAAACUUCCUUGUAUAUCUGUAUAAGUCAUCUGAUAGAUCAUACACAAACCUCAGCCUUUCUUAAGGCUUGAAUUCUGCCUGAAAAACAUUAGAUAAAGGACCUGGGCUUCUAACUGUUGAUCUGCUUGUUAAUUACUAUUUCUUCAUUAAGAAGGCUAAAUAAAUGUUUGUUAAGGAGUUUCUCUGACUUGUACUAUGAUUUUUUUUAAAUGAAAUAAAAGAUAAAUUUUGUUUUCAGA